UUGACGUAGAAAUUUGGAGUGCGCUUUCGUGAUUCAGUGGAAUCAAAAAAAUAAAAUAAUCGUCAUUGUGUUAGUGAGCAGAAGAGUAAAGAGAGGAAGAUUCACAAAAUUGAAAGUGAUUGAAGAAUAUUAGCUAAUCAGAACAUUGAUCGUCUUGUGUGUGGCGUCACUGCGUCACAGUUCUUACAUCCCGUUGAUAUAAAUUCUACUGUUCAGCGAAAAAGUGAUCUCAGUUACAACAAAUAGUCUGCACUUGGAACUACUCGGAGGACUUAACCUCACUUUUUUCCCCUUCCAAGAAGAAACCUCAACUCACAGAAGAGAAGAAAACAGCACAAGGAUUUCGGUUUUUCGGAUUUGUCCUCGUUUGGGUGCGUUUUUUAUUUUCAUUUGACUUGCAUCAUAGAACCUGGUAGAAUUCAGGAAAACCGGUUCAAUCGAAUCAACGUGUGUGGGGGGAAAAUCGUCGUCGCUCUUCUGUGUGUGAUUACAUCACAGCAGUCCGCGAGAGUUCGCUCCACCGGAGCGCUAGUGCUUCGCCCUUUUAUGGAACGGCAACCCAAGACUCGCAGAUAGCUCUGAUCCGGGGGUGUUUUGUGAAAGUUGCUUUCAUCGUGUUAGGAGAGUUGGAUAAUAAUGUGACUGAAAGAUUUCCAUCGACGGAAUCAAAAAGUGCAAAAAGUAAACAAACAGUCUGAAAAUUCUGAACGAGGAUUUUCGAUCAGGAUUCUACUACGCUGCAGAAGGAUAACAGUCUGCUAAUAAAAGGAAACAAAAAAAAAAGAUUGGAUUGUUAUUGUGGUAGUAACACGGUGCAAUUGUGUGGUUGGUAUCGAACAGAGCAAAACACAUACGCUUGUGUGUUUGAUAAGAGAAGUUAAAGAAAGAACACUCUGGUUACAAGUUUUUCCUCUGUGUGAGAGGACUGUGUACUACUAUUAUUUGUGACGAUACACGGUGAAGCAAAACUGACCGACAAGACGCUUUCGGAAAAAGUAUGUCCCAACGUGAACGAGAUACAUUUAUUCAUCUAUUCGCUGGAGGUAUCGCAGGUACUGCUGGCGCCGUAGUAACAUGCCCGCUGGAAGUGGUAAAAACGCGUUUGCAAAGUUCGUCCGCAUCGUUUAUUCAUAGUAUACCACCCCGUAUUGCUUCGUCCGCAUCCGACGAGCGUGGUAAAUUGAUCGGCCAGAACGAACAUCACCAUCAGCUGCGCACCAGUAUCAAUUCCAACACUUCGGACCACCAUCAUAACCAUUCCAGACAGCGAGUAUGUCCUAGUUCGCUUCUCAGUCGACGGCGUCCAUCGAUCCUCGCGAUUCCCCAGUGCGGCCUGUCGACAUCGGUCCAGUCGAUCUCGAUUUGGCAAUGUCUGAAGCACAUCUGUCAAACCGAGGGUUCCCGGGCCCUGUUCAAGGGUCUCGGUCCGAACAUCGUCGGUGUCGCACCAUCCCGUGCGUUCUACUUCUGUGCUUACUCUAAGACGAAGGAUACAUUGAACGCAGUUGGCAUCAUUCCAGCCAACUCGCCGCUGGUGCACAUCAUGAGUGCAUCGUGUGCCGGCUUCGUAUCAGCCACCCUAACCAAUCCAAUCUGGUUCGUCAAGACCCGCAUUCAGUUGGACUACCAGUCCACCGGCAAGAUGACCGUUUCGGAGUGUGUGAAGCGAAUCUACGCCAACCAGGGCAUCCGAGGAUUCUACAAGGGCAUCACCGCCAGCUACUUUGGCAUUUCGGAAACGGUGAUCCAUUUCGUCAUCUACGAGGCGCUCAAAAAGAAACUGAAUGAGCUACGUCAAGCCCACCCAACGGACAACAAGACGUCCCGAGAUUUCCUCGAAUUUAUGGCAGCGGGCGCUACUUCCAAGACCAUUGCCUCGAUUGUGGCCUACCCGCACGAAGUAGCCCGUACAAGGUUGCGCGAGGAGGGCAACAAGUAUCGCAGCUUCUGGCAGACGAUCCUCACCGUGUGGAAGGAGGAAGGCAAGGCCGGAUUAUACCGUGGCCUUGGAACGCAGCUAGUCCGCCAAAUCCCGAACACGGCCAUCAUGAUGGCCACCUACGAGGCGGUUGUGUACGUCCUAACGAACCAGAUCAAUCCGGCAGAUAUGAUCGUCGGCAACUGAGAGCAGGAGUUCUGCCGGUUGGCGACGGAAGCAGUGCAAGUCAACAACGAUGGUCACUGUUUUCCAGCCCUGGCAGCGUUACUAUUUCGGGAGAACAGCAGCAAUACCAGCAGCAGUGGCAGUAGUGACGGAGCCGUUGGAGAAAGUGUCGAAGCAGGAGCCUUCGACUUCCUCAAGUUGGAACAACCUGCCUUCGUUGUACAUUGUAUUUGUGAUUUUUACGUAGACCUCUAAGGUCUAUAUCUGCGGUUUGGAAACGGGCGAGCAGUCAACUCGGGGGGUGUAAAAGUCAGGAGAGUAAUGAUUUUUCUUUUUUUUUUUUUACUGUACACCGUUGUUUAUAUACACACCCACACACUGUUAGGGGAUAUUUAUACAGAGAGAACAUUGAUUAUAUUUUUUCAAGGCGAACACAAUUAGACUUUAAGAACCUUUGGAAGCACUGGAUAAUUGCUUUAUGAACGGAAGAGUGAUUCCAUGCGAGGAUAGAGAAUGCGAUUUUGAGUGCUUUGGAAAUUUUCCUACGAAGAUUACAAAUCUUGAAUGACCGUGAGACUGACCGUUUGUUUUUGGUAAUCGUUUUUUCGUUAUUAUUUUUCGGUUCUACGGAAGAAAGCUUUUGUUUUUGGUUUUGUUAUUAUUCUUUGAAUUGCCAAUUUGUUUUUAUUAGUCUACAAUUGGUUUCAACAAAAAGAAGAAUACAAAACUUCAAUACUGAUAAUCCUUUUGGCAAAAUUUGUUUUAUUUGUAAGCUGUUUUAGAUUUAAAAAAAAUGAAGUUAGUAAAAAAUUAUAUUAAUUUUUUAUUUAAACUUCUCCCCUAAUGUAUCCUAAUUUACCAUGCUUUAAACAGCUUCUAGUACAAAUAUAGGUGUAGUCCAAUCGUGGAGCCUAUUUUAUGGGCCCCCGUUAAGCCAAACUCAACCAAAUCUAGAAUCUAGGGAAUAAAUUUGAAUAGGGAACAUCAUCUUCCACUAGCAAUAACAUGAUAAUUACGUCAUGAGCAUACGUGUUUUGAUGAACUUUAGGAAUUUCUAAGGUUUCCGAUUUGAUUGAGAGCUACACGCACGCACAAUAUUUGAACUGGAUGCCACGCGAAAGGGGAUGGCAAAAUUAAUUACAAAAAGUAAUUGUAUUUCCCUCCUCCUAGCCCUUAGCUGAGGCAUUUGUUUGGUUUCAUCAUCCUUAGUAAAUUAGUCUACCGAAAGGCUCACUUAUUGGUAUUUGAUAGACAAUAUGGUGAAACGAGUCGAUGGGCUGAUCGCACUUACUGCAAACGAUAUAUUUAGUCAAAGUGAUUUAAUCGAGCGAAAAUCGGUCGUUUUUCCGAUGUUGAAAGCCGUUUCCUUUAUUAUGAAUCAAUAGGAUCAAACUAGCAAAACAAAAAUGCCUUCACUCAUUUGAGAUAAUCCAUAUCGUGGCUGGAGUCUUAUUCAUCGACCUUACCUUACAGAGGAAACUCGUUUACAAAAGCGACCAGUUUUCAUCGAUUAGAUGACUUUUAGAUGCUGUGAUUUAUAUUACUAUUGACUUUUAGCGUAAUAUUCGUGGGUUCUGCUAAGUAAACAAAUGAGCAUAUAAAUAACUACCCAGCACUAAAACAGCAUUAGGUGAUUUGUUGUCGAGAAGUACUUUAUUCUUCGGAACACUGAGAAAUAUCAGACGUUUAUGAACAUAGCAACUCCUACUUGUUAUUUCGAGAGCGCUCAAAUCUAAUUAUUGCCUAUAUUAGCGAGCACAACUACCGGUCGGUAAACCAACACACUGUAAUUAAAAAAAAAGUACAACGCCACAAACACAAACUAUUAAUAUUACAAUUUGAAAAAAAAAUUAACGAACAAGUUGUGCCAAUGAACGUUUUAAACCUUUUGAAAUGCAAAUGUCACGCCAUCCAAUUAGCAACACAGGGGGAAAACAAUCGUCUGACCUAUCCCAAGUGUCUAUGUUAUUGACGGGCAGCCAAAGCUAUGAACGUCGUUCUCGGGCGCGACAUGUCGAUGGCCUCGACUUUUGUUUUCGUUUUUGGCUGCCAUAACGAAGGGAAAUAGUGCAGAAAAUCUCAGUUGACGAAGCACCGAUACGUACUAAUGCUGAUCUAAGUAGUCGGUUGUAAAUAUAUAAAUAUUGGACUAGGUAGUAACAACAGGAAUAGGAUUGUGGCACUGAAAAUUGUAACGAGUGGAAUGUAGUACAUUUAGGGGGGACCCUAGGUUUGAAAAAUAACUGUUUAGAAGUAUAAGCAUAGUACACUUAAAAUUAAAUAUUGCAGACAAAAACAAAUAUGCUGAUAUACGCGAAACGCUUAAAAAGGAAUGAAAAUAUUGAAAUUCAGUUUUGUUUUCAUAUUGAAGCAAAAAUUGAUCAAAGAAGAAAAAACGAGAAAAAAAAACAAACACUGUAUUGAAUUGUUUAUUUUAUAAAGUAUAUAAUAAAAAUAAAAGUGAAAAA